ACCAACCAAGUCAAUUAAGAGAGCUAGCGGAAUGCCUUAAAUAUGGAGCAUACAGAUAAACAAAAGAUGGAAGGAGAAAAUAGAAAGAAGCUUAAAAUACUGUGCCUUCAUGGAUUCAGAACCAGUGGGAGUUUUCUGAAAAAGCAAAUCAGCAAAUGGGAUCCUUCUCUAUUUGCUCAAUUUGAUAUGGAAUUCCCAGAUGGUAAAUUUCCUGCUGGAGGGAAGUCUGACAUAGAAGGCAUCUUUCCUCCACCUUACUUUGAGUGGUUUCAAUUCAACAAGGAGUUCACGGAGUACACUAACUUGGAAGAAUGCAUCUCCUACUUGUGCGAAUACAUCACAGCCAACGGACCCUUUGAUGGUUUCCUGGGCUUCUCACAGGGUGCAACACUUUCAGCACUUUUGAUAGGUUACCAGGCGCAGGGAAAGUUGCUAAAGGAGCAUCCGCCCAUAAAACUUUUAGUAUCAAUAUCAGGAUCCAAAUUUAGAGAUCCCAGCAUAUGUGAUGUUGCCUACAAGGACCCCAUCAAAGCUAAAUCUGUUCACUUCAUUGGGGACAAAGAUUGGCUGAAACUUCCUUCUGAGGAGCUUGCCUCAGCUUUUGACAAACCCCUUAUAAUAAGGCAUCCCCAAGGUCACACUGUCCCUCGAUUAGAUGAAAUGGCCACCAGUCUGUUGAGAAAUUGGAUUACAGAAGUUGAUUUCUCAGUUUGUGAGCAUGACAUAGAUCAUGAAGAAAAGAAGUCAGAGGUAAAGGGGAGCAAGCUAGAAGCUUAUAGUACCAAUGAAACCAAAGGUGUAAACGGGGUGCAAAUAAAAAAGGGAGAAACUGACACAGUAGAGGUGACCCAAGUCGAUCAGAACUUACAAGAGGAAGCAUCUGAAUUUAAUAUAAAUUAUGAUGAAUUUGAAUCCAGAAAACAACCUCUUCCAAUAAUGUAAGGGUAAAACUACGUACAAGAAUUACCUUCAUCCCACACUCGCUAGUCAGGUUUAAUUCGGAGUGGGUUUUUUUUUAUGUAUGACUGGUUAUCCGUAUGGACCUGUUUUAUGUUGUCUUGAUCUUUUGAUGGAAUAGUGAAAAGAGAGGAAAAUCCUUCAUUGUACUGUGCA